UCUUCUCAUUCACUCUCAAACCUUAAAUUGACUAAUUAUGUCCUGUCUCUUUGCGCUAAACCACGGUCGUACAACCGUGCGCUGAACUAACUGACAGCGACAACAGUGGUUUUUGUCCAGAUUUUGUGAAUCUCUGACGAAGCUAAGUGAAGGAAGGUAUAGGUAACAGAGAUCUUGCGAAGUUGCGAAACUUGCAAACUUGAUUUUUGCAGUCAGUAUCGUUAAAUCAUAUAAUACAUAAUUAUCAAGUGCGCUCCGGUUACCCUGGAUUCGGACAACUGUACCAAUUUUAAACCGAUGUGCUUGCUGGAGCGCCGGGAUGAACACGCCGAUGAACAACAGCACGGUUUACCACGCGGUCUACGUGCCCGAGGAGGAUGAUACAUCAGGUGACAAUGUGCACAUCUACCAUGACAAACUCGAGGCCCUCAAAAUCAUCAAGCAGAUCAAAUCAAGUCGGCUCAAGAGUUUCAAGACUCUUGAGGAGGCCACCGAGUUCUCGCUCAAUGGGCUCGAGUCUGUGCUGCCUAAUCCACUGGCGAACUCGGUCCCGAUUAUCCAGGUCACCGAGGAAAAAUCCAAGUUCAAGGCCCUCAAACCGCAAGAUCUCACCAAAUUCCGAAAGCUCGUCGACAGCGGCGACCUCGCGAAGGUCAACGAAACUAUAUGGGAAAAUCCACGGCAUCUCAUUGGCAGCGGUGACACGCCAACUAUACUUCAGGAAGGUUGUCGUUACAACGCUCUACACAUAGCUGUCAAAAGUGUAAACUACGCCAGAGAAAUGUGUGAACUGAUAUUAAAUACAGUGGGUAAUCCAGAAUUUGUGAAACUUUAUUAUGGUGAUGCAAAUAUAGACAAAAGUUAUGUUGAUAGAGCUAGUAUUUUGCAAGAUUUGUACUUGAAUACACCUGACAAAGGGCUAAAUGAAACUCCACUGCAUUUUGCCACUAAGUACGGACAUAAAGAUUGUGUUAAAGCUUUGUUGUCUUAUCCACAAUGUUUGAAAAAUCCUUUGAACAAGCAUAAACAAACACCAUCAGAUGUAAUAUGUACCAGAAAAUGCAUAGGCGAUACAAAUUUGAUAAAUGAAAUACGCUCUUUGCUAGAAGAACAAUAUUACGUUCCUGUUAUACGCGCACAAGACAAUAGUUUGAUGCCCGAGGUUGGAGAACCAUUUUCUCUCAAUCAUCCUCUAAAAUUAAACAGUGAUCCCAUCAGUCCUACAGUGGAAAUAAAAGCAUUUGCAGGCCCUAUGCUAAAAGAGCAGGCGCUUGAAUUCAGAAAAAAAUGGAAAACGCCACCACGAACACUUGGUACGCCAAACAAGAUGAACAUGUCCGGCGAUUGUAACGGACUUCGAAGUCCUGGGUUAAAUAUAUCUUCCAAUCUAUCGUUACGAUUGCAAGAUACAGAAAAAGGACUAGAAAGGGUAGGCAGAGAAUUAGCUUCGGAAUUUCAUGUCUCUUGGAAGGAAUACUGGCCAUUUUUGGAAGACUUUGCCGAUCUUCGGUGUGCAGAAGGUUUAAGAAAACUGGAGGAGUUUUUGAAAAAUAAGUUAGAAAAGUCUAAUACUACCACAGUUAAUCAGAAAAUCUUUCGGAGUUUUUGGAAAGAAACAGUACCAGAGAAUAAAGUAGAGGUUGACGAUAUAUGUGACAUAUUUCAAUCAAUGACACUAAAUAACGGAACGAAUACCGAUAAUGAGACUGAAGAUAUCAUGUUCACCACACCACCUUCAUCUCCUCUGCGUGUAACCAACAACAACGAAAAAGAUGAAUCUUCUGAUGAUGAAAUGGAUCUUGCUGAUGAUAGUAUUAAUGAGGAAAUCUUUCUCGAGGGGAAAACUCCAUCGAAAAUUGAUUUUGCCGUAUUCACUGCCAUUCCAUCUGAAAUAGAUUUAAAUGAAUAUCCAUACACAUAUCGUUGGCGACACGAAAUGCAAUUGGCAAGCAAAAAUAUCAAGAGUGACAAUAUUUUAAGGACACCAAAAAAUAUUUUGUUUAAGAAGAAAUUGUUUCUAGAGGAAACGUUAUAAAAAUCGAACGAAUCCGUGUGUGCUUCCUGUGUACAGCAGCCAAGUCAGAUUGUAACUUGGUAUUGAGAGUAUGCAGUAUUUUUUUAUUUCAUAAAUGUCUUGUCAAUGUUAUAACAAACUUUAAAGUUUGUCAAGUCAUAUUGUCUUUCAUCAAACAUAAAAAUAUGUCAGAGUAUCUGCUAUAAUUCACUGACGUUUAAAUACAAUUAAAAAGUUGCAUGGAAGUUGAUUUUCAAGAGGUCCAAAGUAUAUUUUAUAAAAUGAAACUGCUAACUUAAAACAAGAUUGUCUAUUUUCUUACUCGUUUUUAUACCAAGUUGAAAAAAAAAAAAAAAUUCUUAAUGUUGAAAAAAAACAGAGGAUUUAACUUUAUUAUUGUAACUAUUAAUAUUAAUUAAGAGAUGUAAGAUUAUUCUAUAAGACAAAAUAUGUGUAUAUAUGUGUGUAAACAGAAAAUUGAAUAGCUCACUGAUCGUGUAUUGAACGCUAUUUAAAUUUUUCACCAAGUCAUAAAAAGCAAAGAAGUGAAUAAAAAGAUAAUUUCUCAAUUAAA